UUGAAACUCCUACAAAUUGCACGGAGAUUUUACAUAGGAAUAAAAAUGGCCAACAAAAAUGUGCUUUUAUGGACCUUUACUUUAAUAAUUAUAAUUUUUGCUGGUAUUGUGGAAUCUGCAUCAAGGAGCUACAGAUCUCGCAAAACAAGUUCCUCCGCAGGACUAGACACAUGGAUGAUUAUCGUGAUUGUUGUUUCUUGUUUGUCAAUACUAGCCGUUCCAUUUGUUUUAAUCAUUUGUGUGAAAUGUGGAUGUUGUAAGGUUGUACAAAAGACCACCCCAGGUCAACAUGAAAUGGUUCCGCAAGGGCAACAAUAUGGACAACCAGGAGCUAUGUAUGGUCAGCCUCAGAGCGGAAUGCCUCCUCAGUACGGACAACCACCUCCAUACGGACAACCAAUGCAAUACGGACAACCACCUCAAUACGGACAACCGAACGCUUUUGCACAACAAAAUGCCUUUGGGCAACCAGUUGAAAAUCAGUUUUCUAAUGGUGGUGCAAAAUACUGAGCAUGUGACAAUUUGAUAUUUGAGUAUGUGCAUGUGGAACAUGAAAUAUCAAAAUAUAAAUCAGUAUAAUUAUA